CAGUCCCGGCGCUGCCCUCCUGUUCGAGCGGCGCAGUUAGUCCUGUUAGGAUGACCCAAACGGCAAUAGCAAGCUUGCUCUUCCUCGUGGCCCUGGCGACGGCGGAGGGCCUCGCGGGCAACGAGACCGUGCUGGCGGGCUUCCCGGCCGUGGGCCACCGCUUCCGCAACUGCCACGAGGUGCACCAGGCCAGCGCCGGCAGCGCCGACGGCGUGUACGUGGUCUUCCCGUACGACUGCUGUCCCGAGCGGCCCGUGCGCGUGUGGUGCGACAUGACGACCGACGGCGGCGGCUGGACGCUCAUCCAGCGGCGCGACGACUACGCCGAGCAGGAGGACUUCUUCCGGACGUGGACCGAGUACGUCCUGGGCUUCGGCAGCGUCGCCAAGGACCACUGGCUCGGCCUCGACCACAUCCACGCGCUCACGAGCCAGAGCCUCAGCCAGAUCCGCUUCGACCUGGUCGACUUCGAGGGCGAGUCGCGCUGGGCCAAGUACGACUUCUUCUACGUGCACGACAAGAGCGACUCCUACAAGCUCGAAGUGAACCAUUACAGCGGCGAUGCCGAAGACUCCUUCACAUCCCACAGCGGGGCAUGGUUUUCCACCAAGGACCGAGACCUUGACAUGGCGGAGUCGAGCUGCGCAGCAUCGUACAAGGGCGGCUGGUGGUACAAGAAGUGCCAUGCGACCAAUCUCAACGGCUUGUACCACAGGGGGCACCACGAGUCGUAUGCAGAUGGUAUUAACUGGUUUGACUGGCACGGGCACCAUUACUCCUUGAAGACUGUUACCAUGAAGAUCAAACCAAAGUUCUGAAAGAAUCUUGAACGAAAGAUUCUAAUUCGAAAGAUUCUUAAAUAGCAUAAAAGAUGUUCAUGUAGCAGAAAAAAUAUAUUGAAAAAUAUGUUCAUGUAGCAGAAAAAAUAUAUUGUAAAAGUUCAUGUAGUAAGAAAAAAUAUUUGUUGUUGAACACUAAAGGAAAUUUUGACAUGCCAUAAUAUUUUUUUUUUUGUUAAUGUUUAGCUUUCUUCAUGUUUUUUUUACUUAAUAUUUUCGUUCACUUUACAGAAAAUGUACUGUAGUAAAAUGUGAAGAAAGUGCAAAUUGGUGCUAUUAUUUGUACAAUAAUUUUAGAAGAGUUAGUAGCAUUUUUAUUAGAAAUUUGAUGUUUCUAA